AUGAGCGGCCAAACGGUGGCUGCCGUGGUGUACAACGCGGGGCCCCAACCGACCGGUACCGCCGCGGGUGGCAAUGCCGCCGCUAGCGCGAAUUCAACCACCCACCCUUCGGCACUGUCCGAGGGUGAGAAGUUGUCUGCCCGCAAAGCUCGCAAGGAAGCGGAACGGCAGAAGAAACAAGCCAAAAAGUACGAGGAGCAGCUGAAGAAGAUCCGCGGUCCCAAAAGCCAAAAGUUGCAGAUUAUUGACGAAAGCUUCCUGGAGAAGUACCGGCACGUGCAAUCGUUACCUCCGGGGCCAACGCUAAAAACAAAGAAGCGCUCCAAAAAGGCACCCACCGAUGUGGUGCAAAUCAAUUUGUCGGAAUGCAUCCGGGAGCAGCUGGCCGUCGGCGAACGCAUGGAACCAAAGCCAAUUGUUCCGAUCGUGCCCCAGCAGCCGCUGUUGCUGUUGCACAAAGGCAAACAACGCGAAGUGCCAAAGGAGAAGAAACUCACACGACUGAAGAAGGACAUCAUCAAAAGCCGCUCGGAAAAAGCCACUUCCGGUGAACGUUGCCCGGAAGCGGUGGAUCAGAAGGACACAGCGGCAGCAUCUAAAAACGCCUCGAACGAAACGUUCGAGCCUUCAGUGCCAGAACACGCCAGGGGUAGCAAGCAAUCGUACGAUGGAGGCCAACAGCAGCAUACCGAGGUCGAUUCGCCGUUCCUUAAGGCGAUUGAGCGAUGUUGCAUUAAUCAGCCUCCCCCGAGCCGUGAUUCAAGCGAGUAUCAUAAUGGGUUCCCAUCGCUAAGAGCUUCCGCCGCUGCGUCCAAACCAACGGUACUGCGGCACUCGCGAAAUUUCAGACCGUACUGCGAUCAUUUCAUUUCGGACGAACUGCGUGAACUGGCGGAAGAGGUGGUGGUGAAGCUGUUCCAGUUUCAAUCGAAAGCGUACGCCAAAAAUCCCAUCAAAGCGGUCGCCAACAAGCGGUUCGUGGUGGGUUUCAACGAGGUGCUGAAGCACCUGGAACUGCGCAAGGUGCGUCUGGUGCUGGUGGCGCCCGAUCUCGAGCCAAACGACACCAUCGACCAGAUGGUGUGCAACGUGAAGACACUGUGCCGGCAGGGCCAGGUGCCAUACCUGUUUGCGCUGAAACGCAGGAAAAUUGGGUUCCAUCUGCUGAAGAAGGCCCCAAUCAGCUGCGUCGGGGUGCUGAGUUAUGCCGGGUGUGACGAGACCGUCAAGCAGAUGAUGCAGAUUGUCGAGCAGGAGCGCAUAAACUACCACAAUUUCAUGGCCGAUCGUGCUUGUUGAGAGCAGUCGCCCGCAGGUGGCCGGUAGCCGAUGCAUAUUCAUCGUUGCCGCCGGCACUUUACGGUUCAUCGAAAGAUGCACAAAAAGUAUUCUAGUCAUUCCCCAGAGGCUUACGUGUGUAGCGUAGAACUCUAGCGAAACACACAAAUAACCGACGUUCCGAUCCCGUAUUACGAAUACUCUCGUCUCCCCUUGCUAUAAACAUUUUUAUCGUAUCACCAUUAAUGUGAGUGUUAGCAUCAUCCGUGCAAUGCGGGCAGAGGAAUGGAAGAAAAGCAAACACACAAAGUAAGUCCAUAUUGUACGCGCGCAGUGUACAAACUUUCUAC